CUCGCAUUGUUCUGGUUUGAAUCUGAUGACUAACAGAAUAACGCAACACGCACAAAGAGGAUAGGUUAGCCUUAAGACCUUAUCUCGCGUGAGCAUAACAGCAAACCAAAGAUGAUGGACUACAUAAAAGAUACUUGGAGAGAGCUGCGACGAAUGAAUUUGCGACAAAUGAUGGUGCAAGGCCUGCAACUAGGUCUAAUCGUCACCUCCGCGCUCAUGAUCUGGAAGUCGCUAAUGCUGGUGACAGGAAGCGAGUCACCGGUCGUAGUGGUGCUGAGUGGCAGCAUGGAGCCUGGCUUUUACCGUGGCGAUAUUUUAUUUCUCAACAUGGGGAAAAAGCCGAUUCGAACAGGCGAAGUUGUCGUCUUCAACUUGGACGGACGCGAAAUCCCUAUUGUGCACCGUGUAAUUAAGGUGCACGAACGGAGAAAUGGCACGCAUAUAGAUAUCCUUACGAAGGGAGACAACAAUUACGGGGACGACCGCGCUUUAUACAACGAGGGGCAGGAGUGGCUCCACCAGCACCAUAUUAUGGGGAGAGCUGUAGGCUUUCUCCCAAAGGUUGGCAUGGUGACCAUCAUGAUGAACGACUACCCUUUUCUCAAAUAUGCGCUGAUUGGCGUUCUGGGCAUACUGGUAUUGACUAAUAAGGAGGGUUAGUCUUGACGACGCAUGGAUGUUUUGGGGACGUGUAAUCCAGUUGGUCGGAAGGUGCAUUAUGCAUCGGGUGUUGGGGCGGCACCGGUCGGGAGUUUUGAGAACUGAUAAAACUAUCUUCUGGUUGUUACGCGGCUGAACGGAUACUGGCAAGCAUUGCGGUAACACAUGGUGAUUGACCAAUGCCCAAGACUUGGGUAAACAAUCCUGAAGGCAAGAACUCGGAAGUCCUAUUUCACAACAAUUAUAUUGUUAAAGUAUCAGGGAUACCAGUUAUGUAACGCUACCAUGCUAUC